AUGACACGCCUCUCCCUUCAGCUCAUUGCUGGCCUCGCCGGACAGGCUUGGUUGGUUAACUCCGAUACACCUAGCCAUGAUGCAUUUGCUUCUUGCCUUUCGGAUGCCAGAGUACCCAUUGCAACAAAGGGCACUCCAGAAUGGACACAGCAUACUACCCCCUUCAAUACCCGACUUCAGUAUGAGCCCAUCGCUGUCGCUGUCCCUACCCAGAUCUCCCAAAUCGCAGCUGCCGUAACAUGUGCCAAAAAGAAUAGCAUUCCCGUUACUGCCAAAAGUGGCGGCCAUAGUUUCACCUCACUUGGCCUUGGAGGGGAGGACGGGCAUCUUGUCAUUCAACUAGAUCGAAUGUACAAUGUUGAGCUUGCUCAGAAUGGAACAGCGAGGAUUCAGUCUGGUGCGAGAUUGGGUCACGUUGCUGUCGAACUGUACAAUCAAGGGAAGAGAGCACUUUCACAUGGAUAUUGCCCAGCUGUUGGCGUCGGCGGUCACGCUGCCCAUGGAGGGUAUGGAAUGGUAUCGCGAAAGUUUGGUCUUACCCUUGAUUGGAUGAAAGACGCCACCGUUGUUCUCCAUAAUGGCACAAUUGUGUAUUGCUCCGAGAGCGAGCAUUCGGAUCUUUUCUGGGCAAUUCGGGGUGCGGGUUCUUCCUUCGGUAUUGUGGCAGAGUAUGGGUUUGAAACAUUCCCUGCUCCUGAGAAGGUAACGAAUUUUGGCAUUAUCUUAGAUUGGGAUCCAGAAACCGCCCCUUCUGGUCUCCUCGCAUUCCAAGACUUUGCACAAACUAUGCCCAGCGAGCUGUCAUGCCAAAUUGACGUUAGAUCGACUGGCUACACACUUAAUGGUUCAUACGUUGGCAAUGAAGCCAGUCUUCGUGAAGCAUUAGUGCCUCUGCUAGGGAAGAUUGGUGGGCAGCUUGAAGUCCAUGAGGGGAAUUGGCUCGAAUACGUCAAGUUUUGGGCGCUUGGUCAGCCCAACAUCGAUAUAACACCGCCCGCAGAUAAUGUGCAUUUGUCGCUCUACACAACUGGCGCCCUUACCCCAUCUCUCUCGGCCAAUCAAUUCAGAUCUUUUGCCGACUAUAUCGCCACAGACGCUAUAAAGAGAGGCAAUUCAUGGUCGAUCCAAAUGUUCAUACAUGGAGGCCAGUAUUCUGCUAUUGGCGGACCAAAGGUUACCGACACAGCCUACGCGCAUCGGGACAAGUUCCUCAUUUUCCAGUUCACCGAUUUUGUUUGGCCUAGUCAAGAGUAUCCUGAGGACGGGCUUGCUCUUGGUCGAGAGUUUAGGGAUAUUAUAACAAAUUCCUUUACGAAUGGUCAAUGGGGAAUGUAUGCCAACGUUCCUGACUCUCAGUUGAGCUCAGGCGAGGCUCAGAAAUUGUAUUGGGGCAAGAACCUUGAAAGACUGGAAACUAUCAAGGCGAAAUAUGAUCCCAAUAAUUUGUUUAGGAACCCCCAAUCAGUCAAGGCCGCGGCCCGCUGCGCAACACGUCCACUGCCCUUACAAGGUCAAAGUUUAUUAUUUUAG